AGGAAAUACAAAAUAAAAAAGAAAAAGAAACAUAGAAUAUAAGUACUUCUCUAACCCUAACCCUCCUAUCUGUAAAAGCUUCACACACACCAACACAAUCAACAAUUUUGCGCUAAAGUCGACAUUCAUCCAUCUCUCUCUCUCUCUCAUCGAUCUUCAUACAUCUACAAUUCCACAUAAAAUUAUCACACACGAUUUUGUAUUUCGUAUUUCGUAUUUGCAGCAUCAAUUCAAUUGAAUUUAAUUUGAGGAGCAGAUAUUUAUAAGAAGAUUCACAAUUCAAAGUUGGAUCUUUCAAUAAACUGAAGGAGCCUAUUAUCGUAAACUUUGAUUCCAGCUCGUAGCUUCAAACGCCAAAGAUGGAUAUUUCGGAAGAGAUUCGUGCUCUGCAGCUUGAUUCAUCUGCAGAAGAUAGUAGUGCAAUUGAUGUGGAGGAGACUAGGCCAAAAGAAGCUGAUGAUGUAGUCGAAAUGGAGGAAGAGGUUGAGGACUCUUCAAAUAUUGAGCAAAUGCAAGUGGAGCAAAAAGAGAAGGAAAAGGUGCAAGCUCCUAUUCAUGAAGCAAAUGAAGCAGUUGAUAUUGUCGAAGAAGUUACGAAUAAGAAACGCCACCUCAAUGUUGUGUCUAUUGGUCAUGUUGAUGCGGGUAAGUCGACAAUUGGUGGCCAAAUACUUCUUCUUAGCGGGCAGGUCGAUGAUCGCACAAUCCAAAAAUAUGAAAAAGAAGCCAAGGAUAAAGCGAGAGACAGCUGGUACAUGGCAUACAUCAUGGAUACUAAUGAAGAAGAACGCGCUAAGGGAAUAACAGUUGAAGUUGGAAGAGCACGUUUUGAGACUGAGACUACUAGGUUUACCAUUUUGGAUGCACCGGGUCAUAAAAGCUAUGUACCAAAUAUGAUCAGUGGUGCAUCGCAAGCUGACUUGGGCGUUUUGGUGAUAUCUGCUAGGAAAGGGGAAUUUGAAACUGGAUAUGAGAAAGGAGGACAGACUCGAGAACACGUCUUGCUUGCGAAAACAUUGGGUGUUUCUAAGCUUAUAGUUGUUGUUAACAAGAUGGAUGAGCCUACUGUGAACUGGUCGAAGGAAAGGUAUGACGAAAUAGAGUCAAAGAUGAUUCCUUUCUUGAAAGGUUCAGGCUACAAUGUUAAGAAAGACGUCCAGUUUCUUCCAAUAUCAGGUUUGGUUGGAUCAAACAUCAAAACAAGAUUAGACAAAAAUGUUUGUCCUUGGUGGAACGGUCCAUGUCUUUUUGAAGCACUAGAUUCCGUUGAUAUUCCUGCACGGGAUCCUAAAGCCCCCUUUAGGAUGCCCGUUAUAGAUAGAUUCAAGGACAUGGGAACUGUGGUCAUGGGGAAAGUAGAAUCUGGCUCUAUACGUGAGGGUGACUCAUUAGUUGUCAUGCCAAACAAGGUUAACGUGAAAGUUCUGUCCAUAUAUGUUGAUGAAAAUAAAGUCAGAUCCGCAGAACCUGGUGAAAAUUUGCGGGUUAGGUUGUCUAAUAUUGAGGAAGAAGAUAUAUCCCCAGGCUUUGUGUUGUCAAGCAUCUCCAAGCCGAUUCCAGUUGUUAAUGAGUUUAUUGCUCAGCUGCAGAUCCUUGAGUUGCUUGAUAAUGCAAUUUUUACGGCCGGCUACAAGGCAGUCCUGCAUGUUCAUUCUGUCGUUGAAGAGUGUGAGAUUGUAGAACUACUGCAGCAGAUUGAUUUGAAGACCAGGAAACCAAUGAAGAAGAAAGUUCUUUUUGUGAAGAACGGCGCUUCUGUCAUAUGUCGUAUCCAGUUAAGCAACAUGAUAUGUGUAGAGAAGUUCUCUGAUUUCCAACAGCUUGGAAGGUUUACUCUUCGAACUGAAGGAAAAACUGUUGCCGUUGGGAAAAUUACUGAUUUUAAUGCUUAAACAGUUUUGCUAUAGUUGGCAGGUAGAGCAGCCGUGACUCGUGAGGAUAGUAUAUUAUUGCUAGACAAGGAAAUUGCAAUUGUUGGCAGCUCAUCACUGUUUUUUGGUAUGAAUCUUCCCAACGAUGCAAACAGGGGUCUACUCCCGGCGUGAAAUUGCAAAAGUGAAUUGAACACUUAGCUCGUAUCUUUGAGAAAUUUGUUUGUUAGGGGUGCUGUACUGAUAUACAUCUAUGUUGUCACUAUGGCCAGGAUGUAUACUUGGUUGAUGUAUAAAGCUUCUUUUAUUGGCACUGGACCAACCAACCAGCUUAUAGUUUUGACAUAUAUUGCUUCCUGUUAGUCACUUUAUUUUGAUGAGAGUCUAUUUCGUUGUAUUUUUGGACUUCAAAGGGCGCUAUGUGUCUGAUGGGUUCGACCUUUCGGCAAAACUUUGUUAUAAGAAACUAGUCUUCUGUUUGGUAGGAGGCAUGCUGUGAUGAAUGCAAUAUGAUGGGGCGAAGUCAUAUUUCUUCUA